UUCCCAUCAUGCACUUCUGGAAUGUGGACGCAACUCCAAAAGUUCACUUGAAUUUUUCUGUUAAAUCGGGACAGAGGGCGACCACAGUGUCCGUGGUCACAAGUGGAAGAGCCCAGCACGCAUUGCAGCAGGAAAAAAAAAAAACAGUGAUCAUGUUGAUAGAGGUUUUGAUUGGUCUGGUGGUUGGAGGAGUCGUUUUCCUGCUGGUGCUUCGAAGAAGAAGCCAUGUUUUGAAGACAGAGGAUGGCUGGUGGGGUGUCGGUCCAGAACCUGAUGGUGAGGAGGACACUACCAUCCACCCUUUUAACGUGACCACCACCAUUGCAGAAUUGAAGGACCUACACAGAAGAAUAGACCAAACGCGCCCAGUUCCCUCACUAGAGGACAGCCAGUUCCAUUACGGUUUCAAUUCGGAAUACCUGAGCAAAGUCGUCUCUUAUUGGAGGAAUGACUUUAACUGGGGAAGACAAGUGGGCAGACUUAAUCAAUAUCCUCACUUUAAAACCAACAUUGAAGGCAUUGAUGUUCACUAUGUCCAUGUGAAACCCAAACGGGUGCCAGAGGGGACCGAUCCGAUUCCUCUCAUAAUGGUUCAUGGCUGGCCUGGGUCUUUCUAUGAAUUUUAUGGGACAAUCCCACUGCUAACAGAGCCAUCAGACCCUCAGGCCCUUGUUUUUGAGGUGGUAUGCCCAUCCAUACCCGGCUAUGGCUACUCAGAAGCGCCACAUAAGAAAGGUUUUACUUCAGUGUGUGCUGCUCGUGUCUUCCACAAACUGAUGAGGCGUCUGGGCUUUCAGCAGUUCUACGCUCACGGAGGAGACUGGGGAUGGCUUGUCACCACCAACAUGGCUCAGUUGGAACCCAAGAUCGUCAAAGGCUUGCAUGUAAACUUUGCUCCACCUUCCAAACCUGGACUGAGCGUAACUUUAUCGAUCCUGCUCGGCCGUUACUUCCCCAAGUUGUUUGGCUUUACCAGUGCGGACCUUGAGCGUCUCUACCCCUGCGUGCAAAAAUUGUUUGUGGAGUCCAUCAAGGAGAGUGGCUACAUGCACAUCCAGGCCACCAAACCUGACACGGCAGGUCGAGGACUGAAUGAUUCACCAGUCGGCUUGGCUGCAUACAUUCUGGAGAAGUUCUCAACAUGGACAAGUCAUGACUUUCGAAACCUGGAGGACGGAGGACUCACCAGGAAAUUCUCCUUGGAUGACCUCCUGACUAACGUAAUGAUCUACUGGACGUCUGGCUGCAUCAUUCCCUCAAUGAGGUUUUAUAAGGAAAACUUUUCCCGCCUCGGCUCUCCCCACACCAAGAUGCCGGUGACGGUGCCGAGUGGAUUUGCAUGCUUCCCCAACGAGCUGAUGCACACUCCAAAGUUGUGGGUCCAACAGAAAUUCCAUAACCUCCUCACCUACUCGCAAAUGGCCCGUGGGGGUCAUUUUGCAGCCAUGGAAGAACCCCAGCUGAUGGUUGAGGACAUAAAUAGAUUCAUUAAGAAAGUGGAGAUGAAAACGCAGUAGGGCUGAAUAUGAGGUCGACAUGGAGUUAUCCCUCGCUACUUCGCGUUUCGUUUAUCGCGGCUUCACUACAUAGCGGAUUUUUUUUCCAAAUUAAAAAAACAUUUAAAAGUCAAAAUAAAACUUAUAAAUUGAGGAAACGUGUCUAACCUUUAGGACAAUGUAGUAUUGCUCCAAAUGUUUGUUUACAUUCCUUUAGAAGUCCGUUUUCGCACGAUCGUGAAUUAGCAUCUUUCCGCUAACGGUGGUUUUAGGAACCAAUUAUCCGCGAUAAACGAGGGAUUACUGUAUUUGUUUGUUUUGCCUUUCAGUUUAGUACGCAUUAUUUGGCCAAAAUAUCCCGAAAUAAACUUACUAUAACACUAAUGACAGCGUUUAAUGACCGCAACCAUACAGUGGUGGACUGAACUGUCUCGCUUUUUGAAAACAUAGCUAAUAUUAAUCAAAUUCCAUUCAUUUUGCAGUGUAAGUAGAAAGCAAUAAUAUUUUGUGCUAACCCCGCUGACUAAACUGUAUGUAAAUGAAUUCAAACAGUUUGAAAGUGAAAACGUCCAGCGUGUGUUUACUCUCCCCCCCUGCUGGUGUUUAUGGUUUCUACCUUCCUCCGAGCCUCCCAUCAGCCUUGUGGGCCAGCAGCUGCAGAUGGAAGGUCAGCGGGCACUUGGUGUUAUUGUGUUGACAGCGCAGAGAAGGCAUCAGGCAUUCCUCCAACGGAUAUCACAUCAGUCUGUUUGGCCACAUACAUGAUGCGUCAUGUGCAAGGCAUACCUAAAAGUUGACUUUUUCAAUGUCUACUAAUACUUGAUAUUAAGAACAUACUGUCCUGACUUUGUCACAAUUAAAGCUUUCCAAUUAA